UCUUUGCUUGGCUCAGAUAACAUCCCCGAGGACCUCAGGGACCCCUUUUACAUCGACCAGUAUGAGCAGGAGCACAUCAAACCACCUGUCAUCAAGCUCCUGCUGUCCAGCGAGCUGUACUGCCGCGUCUGCAGCCUCAUCCUGAAAGGGGACCAGGUGGCUGCCUUACAGGGACACCAGUCUGUCAUCCAGGCCCUGUCCCGGAAAGGGAUUUACGUGAUGGAGAGCGAUGACACCCCGGUGACGGACCCCGACCUCAGCCGUGCACCCAUCAAGAUGAGUGCCCACAUGGCCAUGGUGGACGCCCUCAUGAUGGCCUACACCGUGGAGAUGAUCAGCAUCGAGAAGGUGGUGGCCAGCAUCAAGCGCUUCUCAACAUUCAGUGCCUCGAAAGAGCUUCCAUACGACCUGGAGGAUGCCAUGGUGUUCUGGGUCAACAAGGUAAAUCUUAAAAUGAGAGAGAUAACAGAGAAAGAAGUUAAGUUAAAACAGCAGUUGUUGGAAAGUCCAGCCCAUCAAAAGGUGCGCUACCGCCGAGAGCACCUGUCCGCAAGGCAGCCGCCCUACUUCCCGUUGUUGGAGGAUCUGAUGAGAGACAGCAGUGAUGGGGCUGCUCUCUUGGCUGUGGUCCACUACUACUGCCCAGAGCAGAUGAAACUGGAUGAUAUAUGCUUGAAGGAGGUAACGUCGAUGGCUGACAGUCUGUAUAAUAUUCGGCUUCUGAGAGAAUUCUCAAAUGAAUAUCUUAACAAAUGCUUUUAUCUCACCUUAGAAGAUAUGCUGUAUGCUCCCUUAGUGUUGAAGCCGAAUGUUAUGGUUUUUAUUGCUGAACUAUUCUGGUGGUUUGAGAAUGUCAAACCAGAUUUCGUUCAACCCAGGGAUGUUCAGGAGCUGAAAGAUGCUAAAACAGUGUCACACCAAAAAAGCAGUCGGCCUCCUGUUCCUAUCUCCAAUGCCACCAAGCGCAGCUUCCUGGGCAGCCCCGCGGCAGUGAACGUGGCCGACCUGCAGCCCCCUGCUCCGCUGCCGGCCGAGGGCUGUCACAGGCACCACCUGCACCCCGAAGAGUCUGAGCAUCUGGGGAAAGGGCCUUCUGCUUUUAGCCCGUCACAUCCUUUAUUGCCACUGAGACAGAAACAGCACAAGACGAUGCAGGGAGAGGGGUCCCCCGAUCAGCGACACCGAUCUAAUUCUUUAACUCGAGUCGAUGGUCAGCCACGCAGUGCAGCAGUAGCCUGGCCGGAAAAAAAAAACAGGCCUGUGUCUCAGCCAGCACCCUUUGCUCUUCAUCAUGCUGCGAGCUGCGAUGUGGACCCCGGCUCUGGAGACAGCGUCAGCUUGGCCCGCUCCAUCAGCAAGGAUAGUUUGGCAUCCAAUAUCAUUAAUGUGACCCCACAGAACCAGCCACACCCCACCGCCCUGAAGACCAAUGGGAAAAGCCUCCUGAACAAUGUCGAUAUUGAGGACGAGGAUGAAGAGCUCGUGGCCAUCAUUAGCACGGAUGUGGCUCCCCAUGGCGGUGACCCGGGCCUGAUGGCAAGUGCCAGAUCUCCCCAGAGGCUGGCGGACACCUUAGAAAGUAAAUCUGACAGUUUCUUCUUGGAGCCAUUGAUGCCGGCCGUGCUUAGGCCAGCCAAAGAGAAGCAGACGAUUACCAAGGAGGAUGAGUGCGGAGAAGGGCGGCCAAGGAGCUUCACGUCCAAGAGGUCCAGCGAGGGCCACCAGCCUCUGCUGCGGAAAAAGGCGUCCAGUGGUCACGUCAGUCGAGACUUGAAUAGAACUUUCACCCCGAUCUGUUCAGAACUUCCUGUGGGUUUGGACCCUGUGCCCACAGAGGUGGGGCCGCAGGUGGUGGGGGAAGCCCGCGAUAGGCCUCUGGCCAGUGGCAGUUUCGAUCCUUUCUCUCAGGGACAGUCUGCCGAUGGCUUCUUCCUUCAUGUAGCCAGAGCCGACGAAGACACGGAGGGCAGGUUCUAUGUCAGCUGUGCAAGAAGCCCCAGCGCCCACGAUCCAGAGCCGUGGACCGUCCUGAGGCAGGACUCCGACUCGGACGUCGCAGAUCUAGAGGAAGCCGAGCACGAUUUACUUGGCGAGGACCACGCGGUGGCGGUCACUAAGUAUGUUGGUGAGGAAGAGUCGGCAAAACUGCAGGAGGACCUGAAAGUGAAAGAGCACGAGGACAAGGACGAUGCCAGUGGCCGCUCCAGCCCGUGUCUCAGCACCGUCUCUCAGGUCAGCAGCGUCUCCAUGGCGAGCGGGAGCGUGAAGAUGACCAGCUUUGCGGAAAGGAAGCUCCAGAGGCUCAACAGCUGUGAAACCAAGUCCAGCACCAGCAGCUCCCAGAAGACCACGCCCGAUGCCUCGGAGAGCUGCCCAGCCCCCCUGACGAGCUGGAAGCAACGGAGAGAGCAGAGCCCGAGCAGGCAGAGUAGGGAUCACGCCAGCCUCCUGGCUUCUGAGCUGGUGCAGCUCCACAUGCAGCUGGAGGAGAAACGGAGGGCCAUCGAAGCGCAGAAGAAGAAGAUGGAGGCUUUGUCCGCCCGGCAGCGACUGAAGCUGGGGAAGGCGGCCUUCCUGCACGUGGUCAAGAAGGGCAAGGCCGAUGUUGUCCCCCAGCCGCUUAAACCAGAGAACUUCACUAGAGAAUAUUCUCAGCACAACGGAGAGGGCUUUGAUGGUGGUCUUCCUAAAAUGGAAGAAUUUCUUGUUAAGGAAGAGGGGAGAGAAGAUCUCCUCAGUGAGUCUCCAGAUGUGGACAAGGAAAGCCUGGCUUUCAUUCAGCAGCAUAAACCGAAAGACCCUGUGGCUCUCCAGGACCUGGAGAAGCACAAGGCGCUCUCUGCUGCUCUCCUGGAAGAUAGCACUGCUGAGGUGGGAGACGUGGGCGAGUGUGACCUUUCGAUCGAGAAACUAAACGAGACCAUCAGCACACUGCAGCAGGCGAUUCUGAGGAUUUCUCAGCAGCAAGAGCAGCUGCUUAUGAAAUCCCCCACAGCACCAGCUCCAGGUUCUAAAAACAACUCCCAGGACCAGAGAGUCAAGGCAGCCAUCCACUUCGUCGAGCCGCUCUCUCCAACUGGAGUGACGGGUCACCGCAAACCCCCUCGUCUUGGUCAGGGUCGGAAUUCCCGUUCAGGAAGACCAGCCGAGCUGAAGGUCCCAAAAGACAGACAGCAGGGUUCCUCCCGAAGCAAGACCCCGACGCCCAGUAUAGAGACCCUCCCCCACUUACGGUCCUUCUCCCCUCGGACACCCUCCGAUCUUGGCUGGGACAGCGGUGCUGACCCUGGGAGUGACUCUCAUGAGAAGUGCUUCUUUGACAGUUACAGGCUCCAUGAUGAAAGCAACCAACGGACAUUUGUCUUGUCCUCCUCCAAAGAUGCAAACGUUAUAUCGGAACAAAUGAGCUUCAAAGAAGCUCUGGAUGACAGUGAGAAGGAGGCGGGGCUCAGUGCCCCGGCUAUCUCCGGGAAGGAGAACGUGCCUGUGGAUGAGCCCCCGAGGAGCAAGGCCAGCCUCAUCGAGGUGGACCUCUCAGACCUGAAGGCCCCCAACGAGGGCGGAGAGACGGAAGGCCACGAGACCUCCGUGGACCUCAACACUGAAGGCGACCAGAAGCCAGGAGUUGGCUUCUUCUUCAAGGAUGAGCAGAAGGCAGAAGACGAGCUUGCCAAGAAGCGGGCAGCCUUCCUCCUGAAGCAGCAGCGCAAGGCUGAGGAGGCUCGUAUGCGGAAGCAGCAGCUAGAAGCAGAAGUUGAGCUCAAGAGAGAUGAGGCCAGGCGUAAAGCUGAAGAAGAUCGGAUUCGGAAGGAGGAGGAGAAGGCACGGCGAGAACUCAUCAAACAGGAAUACCUGCGCAGGAAGCAACAACAGAUUUUAGAAGAACAAGGACUGGGAAAACCUAAAUCUAAGCCAAAAAAGCCGCGGCCAAAGUCAGUCCAUCGGGAGGAGUCGUGUAGCGAUUCAGGAACCAAGUGCUCCUCAACUCCUGAUAACCUGAGCCGGGCCCAGUCGGGCUCCAGCCUGUCCUUGGCCUCUGCAGCUACAACAGAGCCCGAGAGCGUCCACUCAGGGGUUGCGCCUUCCCAGCGCAGAGUCGAGUCACUGGAAGCCCUGCCCAUAUUAAGCCGCAAUCCCAGCAGGAGCACAGACAGAGACUGGGAGACGGCAUCUGCAGCGUCCUCCCUCGCCUCGGUGGCCGAGUACACAGGUCCCAAACUCUUCAAGGAGCCCAGUAGCAAAUCCAACAAACCGAUCAUUCAUAAUGCUGUGUCCCAUUGCUGUCUGGCAGGAAAAGUGAACGAACCUCAUAAGAAUUCAAUAUUAGAGGAGCUGGAGAAGUGUGACGCCAAUCACUACAUCAUACUGUUUCGUGACGCUGGCUGCCAGUUCAGGGCACUUUACUGCUACUAUCCCGACACUGAAGAAAUCUACAAAUUAACUGGCACGGGGCCAAAGAGCAUUACCAAGAAAAUGAUCGACAAACUGUACAAAUACAGCUCAGACCGGAAACAGUUUAACCUGAUCCCAGCCAAAACCAUGUCUGUCAGUGUGGACGCUCUCACUAUCCACAACCACCUGUGGCAACCCAAGCGGCCUGCAGCGCCAAAGAAGACCCAGACUCGGAAAUGACGCGGGUGCAGGCCGAGAGUCUGAAGGAUGUGCCGAAGGGAUCGGUAUUUAUUAUUUUCAUCCGUUUGGGUACGAAGUGUGCAAAAUCACGGACCUUUUUCAAAGAGGCUUCUAAACAACAAAAGAAAAUUCUCCCUCAGCUCCCAGCACACAGAGAAUGCCAGGUGGAGUGAGAAAGGAGGAAGAAACGCCAUUUUCAGUGGCUCCGGCUGCUGUGGUCCCUGGUAGCCACGGAGGCCUCAGACGGCGGAUGUGCGUGGAGGCGGUGGAUUCCUUUUACUUGAAGUUCUCCUUCAGUGUAAAUUAAGUGAUUUCUUCUGCUCUCGCGCCUCUCACCUCGCCCCCUUUUGCACAUGACCUGAUGCCCUCGUGUUGGCCAGCUGUAAUCUCUGAGAUUACAGGACUGAGACUCGGGUCUCAGGUCACGGUGUUCGAAUGUCUUUAGGAAAGGAACUCGUGUUGGGGAAAUCUUUUUCAUUUGAGAAAUUGUAUGAUAUUUAUUGAUUGUGUCUACUGCCAACGUUUAUAUCCAAUUCUAAGAUUUCUGAAAAAACUCUUGUUCCUUGCUGCUCAGAAAAAGUUUACUGAAACUACCAGUUCACUAAAAGCACUGAAAUCUGCAAAGUCUGUCUUCUGCUAAAAUAAGGUUUACAGAUACGAUACAGAGCUGACCUUGCUGCCCCGCAAUCAUGAGGAUGGAGGAUGGUACUAUUAGCUGGCGUUUGCCUAACUGAAAACGGCAAGUUGAGCAGAUGACAGCCCUCGUUGGUUACGUUUUGGGUAGUACUCUAAUAAUUUGUUCACUUUAAUAAAGACAGAUUUUGGUAAAGUA